GUCAUCAGCAUGUGGUAGAAUUUUGUGGUUAUAUUUUUGUCGGUGUCGUCGGCAUUUAAAACCUCACCGUUCGUUGGAAUAACAUAUAUCUCUUGAUUCAUCUGAUUUCAAUUUAAUCCUGUAACAAGUCAAUCGACGAGUGUUUUCUAUCAUGGGAAAAAAGAAAUGGACCGGUCAUGGUGAUCGUAAGCGAAAUCACAAAAACACGAAUAAAAAAGGCAAAGGAAAAUUUGCUGGUAAUGCCAGAAACCAUAGGCAAGACAACAGUAAACGUUUCCAAAACCCCAUUAAACCUGAAGCAAAGGAGUCGAAUCCGAAUGAAGAGUUCCACAGUCGAAUGGAAAAGUUUAAUUUAAUGGAAAAAGACAUAGGAGUGACGGAAUAUGUUGGUACAACUCCUGGGUUCAAUGCGGUUAUUAAAUCCAGAUUCUCAGACUUUCAAGUCAACGAAAUUGAUUUGGACGGAAAUGUUGUUAAAUUGACUGACACAUCAUUACCCAAGAAGCCGGAACCAGCAAUAAAUGCUGAAACGAAAGAACAAGUUAUCGGAUUGAUAGGCCAAGAAACUUGGGACAGUAUAGUAGAAAUAUCUAGUGGUACUAAAGCCGCCUCCGAUAUUGAGGUUGACGCUGAAUCAUUGACUAAAGAGCAACGGGGAAUGGUUCACAACAUGGUCAAACAAAUGUUCGGUUCUUCGAUAGUCAGUUCGACCAUCAACAAAGAUGACAAGAAAUUCUUUAAAUUUUCAAAGUUUAAGAAAAAUGCUGGUAAUGAUCAGCGCACCAAAUGGCUGUGGCCCGGUGAAUAUACGCAUUUUGUUGUAUACAAGGAAAAUUUGGACACAAUGAAAGCCGCUGGUGAUCUAUCGCAAGGUUUGAAUACGAACACGAAAUCAAUAACUUAUGCUGGAACGAAAGACAGACGAGCUAAGACAACACAGUGGUUUUGUUUACGAAAACGUGAACCGGAGCGAAUAUCUAAAGCUGCCGAUAUGAAGAAGUCCAUUCACGUUGGUAAUUUUACAUUCAAGGAUGAACCGUUAAAGUUGGGUCACUUGAGCGGUAACCGAUUCCGAAUAGCUCUACGGCACAUCGUUCAUCCUGAAGGCGAUAUUGAAUUGUCUCUACAAGGUCUCAAAGAAAAUGGAUUUAUCAAUUACUAUGGCCUACAACGAUUCGGAAACAAUUCUACAGUUCCUACUCAUCAAGUAGGUCUGGCUUUAAUCAAGGGACAAUUUAAAGAGGCCUGCGAAUUAAUUUUAAAGCCUCGUGAAGGUGAAGUUACUUUCAUGAAACAAAUCCGGGAACAUUGGUGGAAGCACAGAGAUCCUGCGGCUGCACUAAAAUUUUUCUAUAAAACAACAUACGGCGUCGAAGCUAAAUUAUUGUCGGGAUUGGCUCGACACGGAAGCAACGAUUUCGUUAAUUCUUUGAACGAUCUACCGCGAAAUAUGUUGCUCAUGUACAUUCAUUCGUACCAGAGUCUAAUUUGGAAUGAAAUUGCAUCCAAACGCAUCAAAUUGGGCCUUCAACUUUUACCGGGUGAUUUAGUGUUUGUGUCUGACGAAAAAGUUACAACGCAAAUAAAGGAACUUAUCGAUGACGAUGGUAUCUCCUUUGAAGACGAAGCAGACGAAGAGGAGAAUCCUGCUGAGGAAUCGCAAGAAACAAUUUCUGUUUACAAAUCAUUGGUGAAACCAUUAACUGACGAAGACAUUGCCUCUGGCAAAUAUUCGAUUUUCGAUUUGGUUCUACCGUUGCCUGGUCACGACAUUUCAUACCCAACAAAUGAAACUGGCCAAUGGUACAUUGACCGUUUGGCUAAAGAUAAUCUAUCGUCGGAGAAAUUGAAGACAAAACACAGAACGUAUUCGCUGUGUGGCGCCUACAGAAAAGUUUUGGUGAAGCCGAAAGAUCUGUCGUGGUACUUCAUGAAGUACAAGAGCGACAGCGACGAUUUGAUUCAAUCAGAUUUGGAAGAGCUUCGUAAAGAAGAACCGCCGAAGAGCGCAGAUGAUGGUGAAUUGAAGGCAUUGAUUCUCGAUUUCUGUUUACCGACCGCUACGUACGCAACCAUGCUGUUACGCGAAGUUUUCAAGGGCGAUACGUCGGCAUCUAGUCAAAUCAAGCUCGAAAACGAAAGUAUUGCAACAGGGAAUGAGAAACGGAAAGCAGAAGAAAAUUGCAUGGAUGAAGAGGAGAAUUCUGUUAAGAAAAUUAAAGUUGAUGUCGAGGACGCUGUAAAAGUUGAUGUCGAGGACGCUGUAAAAGUUGAUGUCGAAGACGCUGUAAAAGUUGAUGCAGAAUAAAGUUCCAAAGCUCUGGAGUUCCAUAAA